AUGCCAGAUACUUAUCUUCUCUGGGUAGCUGGCGAGGAGAAGGCCGGAGGAGCUGACCUAAUCCCCGUCGAAGACCCAGCGACAGGCGAAAUAUUUGCACAUUGCCAUGCCGCGUCAGACGAAGACGUCGAAUCCACGGUCGCUGCCGCCCACGUUGCAUUCAAAUCUGGCAUUUGGUCUCGAGCAAGUCGUCACCACCGCGCCGAUGUUCUCGAAAAAAGCGCAUCCCUGUUAUCAGAUGCCCUUCCGGAGCUCAUACCCCUCGAAUCGAGGCAGACAGGAAGAGUGAUCAAGGAAAUGCAGGCCCAGGUCCCCUCUCUGGUGAAAUGGUUCAAGUACUAUGCAUCCUUACUUCGAGUCGAAGAGCGAUCAGUUCUACCCACGACUGGAAGAUUACACAAUUUCAUCGAUAGAGUACCACUUGGAGUUGUGGUGCAAAUCACUCCUUUCAACCACCCUCUUCUCAUUGCGGUGAAGAAAGUUGCUCCUGCUCUUGCAGCGGGAAAUAGCGUCAUCCUCAAACCAAGCGAGUUAACACCCCUGACAUCUCUAUUGCUGGGAAAGAUUCUUGCCCAGGCUGGUGUUCCGGCCGGCGUGUUCAGUGUCUUACCAGGGUAUGGCGCGACGACAGGAAAGGCCCUCGUUUCUCACCCCCUGAUCAGGAUGGUCGACAUUACGGGCGGAACAGUGGCGGGAAGAGCGAUCGGGUCAAUUGUAGGCGGCAAUUUGGCCAAAUAUACCGCAGAACUUGGAGGCAAAGCACCCUUGGUCGUAUUUGCAGAUGCGGAUAUUGACGUUGCUGUGAAUGGUAUUGCGUUUGGAAGCUUUAUUGCGAGCGGACAGACAUGCAUCGCCAGCACGAGGAUUAUCGUGGACUCAAAAAUUAAGGAUCGACUUCUGCAGAACCUAGUGGACAAGGUCAAGGCAAUUACGAGGAGAAUAGGGAGCCCUCAAAAUCCCGAUUCUAUGAUGGGGCCUCUUGUAUCCGCAAAGCAGCUUCAAAAUGUUGAGAGGCUUGUGAACGAGUCUAUCACCAACGAAACGGCUAUAGAUUUCUCUGGGGCCAAACGAAUGACAGGAACGAGUGCUUUUGAUGGAUCCAAUCUUUCAAAAGGAUACUUCUACGAACCUACAAUUCUCGUGUCUAGAAAAGACAAUGAAAGCAUCAUCAAAUCAUCGAUCUGGCGAGAAGAAGCAUUCGGCCCAGUGAUUGUCGUUGUUGGCUUUGACACCGAGGAGAAGGCUAUCAAACUGGCGAACGACACUGAAUUCGGACUGGGAGCUAGUAUCUGGACGAAGGAUCUCUCCCGGGCAUUCAGAGUGUCUGAGCAGAUUGAGGCUGGAAUUGUGUGGGUAAACACCCAUCAUCGCAAUGAUCCCAGUAGUCCCUGGGGAGGUACCAAAGCUGCGAGUGGCGUUGGCAGUGAGAAUGGAAUUGACGCAUAUCAUGCGUACACAACGACGAAGAGUACCAUUAUCAACUUUGCCGCGCCGGAGGAAUCGCGUACUACAGAUGACUGGUUUGGGGAGAAAGUCAAGGACGUUAGAUAUGGCUGA